CACUAGUACAGACCAUUUCUCAUUUCUUCCUCCUCCCUUUCUCUUUCUCUUUCUCUUUCUCUUCCUUUCUCUCUCUAGCUUUAAUCUCUCCAGAUGCCCAAAUCCUUUACUCGCCGUCGCUUCUCCAAUCGCCACCAUCUUCUCCGCCGUGUUAGAUUCCAUCUGUACUCUUACUCCCACCAUCAUCGUCGUCGCCUCCGCUUCAGUACUCUGGCAAUGUUGAUCAGCCUCCUAGGGUUUCUCUCCUCCGGGUGAAGGAAAAAUGUUUCACUUUCUCUUGAUUGGAUUUAUGAUGCUGGCUUUUCUUCUAAUUCGCCGGCAAUGGAGAUCUGCCUCGGUGAAGAGGGAGGAGGUUAUUCGGCUCAUCGCUUUAGCCACCGAAGAAUCUUAUGUGGCGGCGCAGGAGGAGGUUCGAGCCACUGUAGAUUACGGCUCUCCGGAUGCUUAUCGUUGCGCCGUUUGUCUCUACCCCACCGCCACUCGGUGCGCUCAGUGCAAAUCCGUCCGUUACUGUUCAAGCAAGUGUCAAAUCCUUCAUUGGAGAAGAGGUCACAAGGAUGAAUGUCGAUCGCCUUCUCUUCCUGAUUACGACCAUGGAGAUGCACAAGGUUCAUCAAAUAUCGAAUUGCCAUCUCGCGGGACUGAGUUCGGAUCAUCAUCUCCAAAUGGCACCAACGAUGGGGUGGAUGAUGAUGGAUUUGUGUCUGUUGAUGUUGCCUCUGAUAUCAUCUCUGCAAGUAGGCCCAGUGUUCAAAAGGUACAAGCAGCAAGAUCUGAAGCUGUGGAUUUCACUACUUGUUUAAACAAAAGGGAUCAUUUCUGUGAGACGAGGCCACUAAGUAGGAAGAAAUCACAUCAUCGAACAGAGAAGGUUGAAUCGUCGAGCAAGUAUUCCAAAGGCAAGAAGAGUGAUGCAGAGCCGCAAAAAAUCCGCAAUCAAAACUCGCCUAGUUCAGGUGAUUCGGCUGAAAUGUCAAUUCCGGAUAAACUUUUGUCAGUUGAGGAUGAAGGAGAAAUAAAUGCACUUGGACAUGGAAAAACGACAUCUGAACCAGCAACUGGUGCUUCUGCUGCAAUGUCGUCUUCAACUAUUCUCUUACCUUCAAAAGGUAAUAGUAAGCCGAAAGUGUUACAAUCUUCAAGUAGUGGACUGAAGACAUCGAUGCAGAAAGUUGUUCAGCAUUUUAGACCCCCAAAGUCGUCGAUACUAUCUCAACCUUCCAGUUCUAUCAAUGAGAUGAGCUUUUCUUAUGAGAUGUUUGUGAAACUUUAUUGUGAUAGAGUAGAAUUACGACCAUUUGGCCUUGUGAACUUGGGGAACAGUUGCUACGCAAAUGCUGUUCUUCAGUGCUUGGCAUUCACUCGGCCACUUACGUCUUACCUAAUUAGGGGGGUUCAUUCAAAAGCAUGUCGAAAGAAGAGUUGGUGUUUUGUUUGUGAGUUUGAAUUCUUAAUUUUGAAGUCAAGGGGAGGAGAAUCUCCUCUGUCACCUAUCAAGAUCAUAUCAAGAUUACAAAAGAUCGGAAAGCAUCUUGGCCCUGGAAAGGAAGAAGACGCGCACGAGUUUUUAAGGUGUGCUGUUGAUACAAUGCAAUCUGUUUUCCUCAAAGAGUCUGGUCCGUUUUCUGAGGAAACUACUUUAGUAGGCCUUACGUUUGGUGGAUAUCUUCACUCCAAGAUUAAAUGCAUGAAAUGCCUCCACAAGUCUGAGCGAUCGGAGCUGAUGAUGGAUCUGACUGUUGAGAUUGAUGGGGAUAUAAAAAGCCUCGAAGAAGCACUUGCUCAAUUUACAGCCUACGAAGUCCUAGAUGGAGUGAACCGCUACUUGUGUGGCAGAUGUAAAUCUUACCAGAAAGCCAAAAAGAAACUGAUGAUACUGGAAGGACCCAACAUUCUUACUGUGGUGUUGAAACGUUUUCAGUCAGAUAAUUUUGGGAAGCUGUGUAAGCCCAUCCAUUUUCCCGAGCUUCUCGAUAUUAGCCCAUAUAUGAGUAACCCAAAUCACGGUCCACUGUAUAGUCUCUACGCAGUGGUGGUCCAUUUAGAUGCCACUUCAUUUUCAGGUCACUAUGUUUGCUACAUAAAAACGCUUCAUGGAGAUUGGUUCAAGAUUGAUGACAGCAAUGUUUUCCCGGUUCCAUUAGAGACUGUAUUACAAGAGGGAGCAUACAUGCUUCUCUAUGCAAGAGAUUCUCCUAGAGCGGUGAGCAAGAACGGUGGUCGGAAAUCAAAGGAAAGAAGAAACUUGUCUGCAAUUCCGUCAAGACACAAGGACGAGAAGAAGAAACAAAGAGACAGUAGUAGCAGUUUGUUGCCACGAGUGGAUUCGUCUAGCGGAAGUUUAUCAUCAAUGUUUAGCUCAUCGGAGACAACAAGCUCAUGCAGCACAAAAGACUCGUCAGGUUUCGAGAAUUUCUCAGAUUACUUGUUUGGUGGAGUUGAACAGGUUUGGACCCGCCAUCGUCAUGAUUCAUCUGCUCAAACGUUUUAUAGAGUUUGAUGUGCAAAUAAAGAAUGUUCCGGUCUAUAGGUAUUAGCCAAUCCGACUGGCCUAAAGGCCAAUAUAAGUAAAUUUGCUUUUAAUUAGGAAAAUUCAGUUAAAUCAAGACUAUGGUUGUAAUUUUUAAUUCAGAUCUAUGAUGCACGCGUAUAUUGGAUUAAUUUUUUCAGAAGAUUUGGUGAUUUUAAUUAAUGAUUUUAAAAUGUUUUUCUAAA